CCCCCUCUUCCCCAUGGCGACCUCCUACGAGCGCCGCCUACUAGCGGCCGCCGACCUGGUCCUCUCAGCCGACGCGCAGGGCCAAGGAAUCUGCCUCCCCGACCUUGGCGUCACGGCGGACCUCAAGCCGCACCAGCUCGAUGGCGUUGCCUGGCUCAUCCGCCGCUACCGCCUCGGCGUCAACGUCGUCCUUGAUGGGGCUUGGCAAAACCCUACAAGCAAUUUCUCUACUGAGCCACCUCAAAAUCCAGCGUAUUGCACCUGGACCAUUCCUUGUGCUAUGUCCUCUAAGUGUAACAGAUGGCUGGCUCUCAGAGUUCAGUAAAUUCUGUCCUUCCUUGAGGCCCCUGCACUAUGUUGGCGAUAAGGUGCACCGUCGUGACCUUCGGAGAACCUUGUACGAUCAUGUGCACAAGGCUUCCACAUCAUCUCAUUCUAACGAAUUAUCAUUUGAUGUGCUCAUGACAACAUAUGACAUAGCCUUGAUGGAUCAAGACUUUCUUUCACAAAUUCCCUGGCACUAUGCAAUUAUUGAUGAGGCUCAACGUCUAAAAAAUCCAUCCAGUGUACUAUACAAUGUCCUUGAGCAACGUUUCAUCAUGCCAAGGCGUCUACUACUAACAGGCACUCCUAUCCAGAACAACCUUUCUGAACUAUGGGCUUUGAUGCAUUUUUGUUUGCCUUCAAUAUUUGGAAAGCUAGAUGAGUUUCUUUCCACUUUCAAGGAAGCAGGGGACUGGUUAACAGGUGCUGAAGUUAAUAAAGCAAACAGACAAUUCAAGAUUAUUAAACACAUACUCAAAGCAUUUAUGCUACGCAGGACAAAAGCUUUACUAAUCGAGAGUGGAGUUCUGGCGCUGCCUCCACUAACUGAGCUAACUGUGAUGGUGCCACUGACACAGUUACAAAAGAAGCUUUACAUGUCAGUGUUGCGGAAAGAGCUGCAAACACUUCUUUCAUUUACUGGAGGAUCGUCUCGCCACCAGUCUUUGCAGAACAUUGUUAUACAGCUGAGGAAAGCUUGCAGUCACCCAUAUCUGUUCAGUGGCAUUGAACCUGAGCCUUAUGUGGAAGGGGAGCAUUUAGUUCAGGCUAGUGGGAAGCUCAUUGUGCUGGAUCUUAUUCUGAAGAUGCUCCAUGAGUUAGGACAUCGUGUUUUGCUAUUUGCUCAGAUGACCCAAACACUGGACAUUCUUCAGGAUUUCCUGGAGCUGCGCAAUUACACUUAUGAGCGCCUGGAUGGUUCAGUACGUGCUGAGGAGCGGUUCGCAGCAAUAAGAAAUUUCAGCUCUCAAUCUACCAAAGGCCUUAUGAGAGAUGAUAAUCAGAAUGGAGCUUUUGUUUUCAUGAUAUCAACUAGAGCAGGGGGUGUGGGGCUUAAUCUCAUUGGUGCCGAUACUGUUAUCUUUUAUGAACAAGAUUGGAAUCCUCAAGCUGACAAACAGGCCCUACAGCGCGCUCACCGCAUUGGACAGUUAAAUCAUGUGCUGUCAAUAAAUUUGGUGUCACAGCGUACAAUUGAAGAGGUCAUAAUGCGAAGAGCCGAGAGAAAACUUAAGCUUAGCCACAAUAUUAUUGGAGAAGAUGAUAGAACUGAUGUGAAGGGUGGAGAUCUGGGAAAUGAAGCUAGUGACAUGAGAUCAAUUAUCUUUGGCUUGCACCUGUUCGAUCCUGCUGAUACAACCACAGAGACAAUCAAUGAGGACACAACUUCUGAGACAAUUAAUGUGGAGAAACUGGCAAAGUUGAAAACAAUGUCUGAAAAGGUUGUAAUGAUGCGUAGCCAUGAACCUUCAGAAAAGGAUGAACGGGCAUUUGAAAUCAACCCAAAUUUUGCUGGUGGCAAUGGAACUGUAAUUAGAAGGGCUUCUGAUUCUAUUAGUGUUGAUCCUGGGCUUAAUGAAGCUGCAUACCUAUCCUGGGUCAAGAAGUUCAAAGAGGCUUCGCAUUCAAUUGAAGAUGCCACAGCUGAACUUGGAAGGCACAGAGCAGCGCCAGAAGAAAAGUUCCUGAAACGUGAAGUUAACAAGAAAAAAGUAGAAGAAAAGAGGUUGGCCAAAUGGGAAACUUUGGGUUACAAGACACUAGCGGUUAAGGAACCUGAUAUCACAGCAAGCCAGAAUAUUUCAGACUCAGGGUCCGUCCAACUUGUGUAUGGAGAUUGUACCAAUCCUUCAAAACUUUGCCCUGCAAAGCCUGCAAUCAUAUUCAGUUGCAUAGAUAAUUCAGGGACAUGGGGGCAUGGAGGAGUGUUUGAUGCUUUGACUAGUCUCUCAACAUGCAUUCCAGAUGCUUAUCACCGUGCUUCUGAGUUUGAUGACCUCCACAUGGGGGAUCUUCACUUUAUUCAGCUUGAUGAAGCCAACUGCACCCGGAGUUUGGAUGCACCUUUAUGGGUGGCACUAGCUAUCGUUCAGUCUUACAAUCCGAGCCGUAAAUUUCCAAGAAGUGAAAUCUCCAUGCCUGAUUUGGAGCUCUGUUUAUCAAAAGCAGCCUUCUCAGCUGCUCAGCAUUCUGCGAUUAUCCACAUGCCCCGAAUUGGUUACCAAGGUGGCUCCCAACGAUCAGAAUGGUAUACCAUAGAACGCCUGCUCAGGAAAUACUCAUCUCUCCAUGGAAUUGACAUUUUCGUGUACUACUUUCAGCGUUCAUCCAGGCAACAGACAUAUUCUAUCUAGCUCAUGCCGACGCUUCUGCUGGAAGAAACCCAAGCUAGGUGUAGGGAAACUAGGGAUGUUUCUGUAACCCACUAGAAGAAUCAGGGAAUAUUAGCUAGCUGCAAAUCUUUUCUUUGCCCCUUUUUAAUAGUUUAGUAACUUAUGAAUAGAUAAGCCAAAUGAAUUAUGUUUUAGGGUGUUUGCCUCCUUUAGCUAAGAGGUAUCUGUACUAUGAUAUAAGGAAAACAGUUUGCAUGUACUGCCCCUUUUGUUUCUUUGGCAUUUUUAUUCCUUGUGAAAUGUUACCAGAUUAGGUGUGCAAUCAAGCUGCAACAUGUGAGUUUGUUUCUUUAAUUGAUGAAGAAUUUUGAAAGGUGAUCUCUGUGAACUCAAUAUUCAAGUAAACCCUCUCUGCGUACCUUUUUCUUUUCUUUUCUUUUCUUUUCUGCAAAUCUGAUCAGUGGGCCAUCUGUUUUAGGCGCGACAAGAUCAUCUCAAUGGACCCCGAGCACAAGAUAAGGAGAUCAGACGGAGUUCUUGAUGGCGGAGCUGUAACCGUCCUGGUCAUCGUAGAACUUGGACCACAGCAUGACUCCACCGUACUUGGUGGAGUUCUUGAGCGCCGGAAGCACCUGCGACUUGAGGCUCUCCACUGGAGUUGAUGAGGUUGGCGGUGCUCCCCGGCGUGUACUGGCAAGGCGGGUUGUUGUAGAACUGGACCCAGACGUGGUCGAAGAGCCCUGUCUGAAGGGCCUUGCCUACCCACUGGUCCGGGAAUGGACACUGGGGCGCUGCCGACAGGUACACCUGCUUGCUGGCGCCGUAGGACUUGAGGUACGCGGCAAGUUCUCCGUAGUGGUCUGGGUUUCCUCCCUCAAUGUCGAAGUCGACGCCGUCGAGCACGGCGUCGCCAAGGGGCCUCUUGUCGGAGUGGCCGCCGAGGAAGUUGUUCCAGAUGUACUGGGCGAGCUGGAAGGCGUCUUGCUGGGAGUCGAGGGAGUAGCCUCCUGCGCCGCCGCCGAUGGAGAGCAAGACCUUGACACCCUUGGACUGGCAGAAUGUGAUGUCGGCGGUGAGGUUGGUGCAGGCGUUGGAGUAGGGGUCGCAGUGGCCUGCGAGGUUGAGCUGCGGGGUCGUCUGCCCCGAGCCGAAGCUGCAGAGGAAGGCGAUGUUGACAAAGGCGUAGUUGCCGGUGGCGCAGGUCUGGGCCAGGGUGCCCUCGUUGCCGUUCUGGCCCCAGUAGACGGCAAUGCUGCCGCCGCCAUGGCUCUUGCUGUGGGAUGAUACGAGCAAGACGACCAUCAGGAGGCAGGCAAGUUUUACUUUGGAGCUGGAGGAAUAACAACCGUAAGUUGCCAUGGCUCGCUAGCUCUUUCUUAUUAGCUUGUUGGAGGCGAGACGAAUAUGGGAUUGGGAUCUGGUAUGGUUGGUUAUAUAGAGACAGACAGCAGAGACCAGAGAGAGUGGUGCAGACAUGGAUGGAAACGUGCCUUGGGGGCCGGUAAUAAACCUUUAUUAUUUUAUUAUAAGUAGUAGUAGUAAUAACAUGAACACACCCUCGACUCUACGCCUACGCAGUUUGGCCAUCUCGUCUGUUUCCUUUGCUUCUUGCUACCACGGUACGUCGCUGCUUGGUUUCCGUUCCCUCUCUCAUCAUGUUUUCUAAUAUGUUACUGUACAUGGAUAAUCUAUCAGGCGGAAAAAUGUUGCAUAAACUAA